AUGUUACAUGACUCUAAAGCCGUGAAAACAUUUUGUAGUCGCUUGCAUUUUUCUCUUGGUGCGGGUUGCAGUGCUGCAGCAGGACCAAUUGGGAGAGUUGUGGAGGCCGAUUUGCGAGCUGGAGAGAAAGGUUCUGGCAUGUGUUACACUUACAGCUGCAGUAAAGUUCCUCAUGUAACUGUUAUGGAUGCCUUGAUUGCGUUUGUGGGAGUCUCACUGGAAGGAAACAUUGUUGCGACAAGGAUGGAUACGAAUCUUCAGUUUUAUGGUGAUCCAUACCUUACUACAGCUGAUAUCCUUCUUGGGACUGUGGAUAGACCGAAGGCUGCUGAACCAUUGUAUGCUGCCCUUCGAGAUCUUUACUGCAAACUACAGUGCUAG